GUUUUGGGUACUUGUACCUAUCUUUCAUUUUCCAUCUCCAUCAAAGACUAGCCACAAUUAUCCUUUCCUAAAACACCAUUCCCCUUGCUUUUGACAUUCAAUCCACUCUAAUUCCCUCCAACAUGGGUUGCUUUGCUUCUUGUUGCUUUACCUUAAAGCACAAGAAAUUCAUGAAGUCUCUUAAUAAUAAUGCUAUCUCUCCUUCCUCCAAGCACCAGUGUCUUCAAAGUCUGCUGCAAACCCCUCAUGAAAGUGAAUUUAUUAGUGUAGUAAAUCCAUCUCACAUUGAGGAUACUGUCCUACCCAUUGCUGAUUCCAAAGAGAAAGAAAAGGUGACAUUUGAUCUAGAUAUUAACCAAGAAGAUGAGCAGAAAGAUGGGCAAAGUAAGACAGAGAUUAGCACCGAUUCAAGCUUGUUUUCAUUCCCUCUGAGUAAUCAUAGCUGCAAAAAUGGUGAGGAUGAGAAUCAAGAAGAAUAAUCUGAGUCACUCUUCUCUCUGUCAAUAGACUCCAUCCGGAGGAAUCUCUCUAGAUCUGACAGGGAUGAAGUUAACAGUCCAUUGAAGCCAAAUGGAAGAGACAGUAGCCGAUUUGUUCAGUCUGUCUUGCAUCCAAUCCAAAGUAUUGGUAAACCAGGACCAGCUAAGGAGAAGAAACCAUCAUCACCAUUAAUGGAGCCUCAAGAAAAGGAGAAUCAGAAUAUUGAAGCUAGCCUGUCUAGCUGGUUAGUAGAAAAAGGAAAAAAGACCCCAAACUCUGUAGGCAGUCCAGAUUCUGUUGGGAACUUAUCCCAAGAAUUGAGAAGAACAAAGUCUAUAAAGGAAUCUGGGAAGAGACCAAUCUUGGGAGAAUUGAAGCUUGAAGACAUCCAAGCUUGAACAGUAUAUAAAUAUUCAAAUUUAAGUUCAAGAAACAACAGCUGCUGGAGAUGUAGUCUUUGAUUCCUGAAUAUAAUCCCACUGUAAAGAUAAUAAUCUCCAUGAUUAUUUCUAUGUGAGUAUAAGGGUGGCUAAGAAAAGAGAAUAUAAUUGAGGAAAAAUUGAGCAAAUUAGGAAUGAACUUGUCACUUUGUCAGGAAAUAAAAUUUGAGGCAUAAUGUAACUCAAUGAAUAGAUUGUGUAACAAAGUUAUGUAUUUGUAUGCAACUUGUAAAUUGAAGAUUGUGUUUGGUCACACUCAAUUGGGUCAGUUACACAUCCA